GGUGGGUGACGUCGCCGCCCGUUGUGUGACGCAAGCACGCAGCGGCCGGGUGAUAAGCGGCGGCUGAGAAGCGGUGGCAGAACGGGACCUGCGCAGCAGUUUUGAAAGAUGACUUCUAGGAAGAAAGUGCUGUUGAAAGUCAUUAUUUUGGGAGAUUCAGGGGUGGGGAAGACCUCGCUGAUGAACCAGUAUGUCAACAAAAAGUUCAGUAACCAGUAUAAGGCGACGAUAGGGGCAGACUUUCUAACAAAGGAGGUGAUGGUUGAUGAUCGAUUGGUGACUAUGCAGAUUUGGGAUACAGCAGGGCAAGAGAGGUUCCAGUCGCUGGGAGUGGCGUUCUACAGAGGAGCUGACUGCUGUGUGUUGGUCUUUGAUGUGACCGCUCCCAACACGUUCAAAACUCUCGAUAGCUGGAGGGACGAGUUUCUCAUUCAAGCCAGUCCACGAGAUCCUGAAAACUUCCCCUUUGUUGUCCUUGGAAACAAGAUAGACUUAGAAAAUAGACAAGUCACCACAAAAAGGGCACAAGCAUGGUGUCAGAGUAAAAAUAACAUCCCCUACUUUGAAACCAGCGCAAAGGAAGCAAUAAAUGUGGAACAGGCUUUUCAAACCAUUGCAAGGAAUGCACUUAAACAGGAAACUGAAGUGGAACUCUACAACGAAUUCCCAGAGCCAAUCAAACUAGACAAGAACGACCGAGCGAAGACUUCAGCAGAGAGUUGCAGCUGCUGAACGGAGUCAGCAUUGGCAGCGACUCCACGAACCAGGCCUUCAACACCAGUCUGUUCCCCCUUCUCAGCCACAAGCCAAGAACUUCAUUGCGCACCUUACAUCGCGCGCCCACAAACCCGCACACAGGAACCACGCUGCAUCAGACUUGCAGAAUUCUUAUCAGUAGUUUUCAUCAAAAAAGAAACUUAAUGUACACUGAAUUUAUUAUCAGUCAAACUUUUACAGAGCAGUAAUUAAUUAAUUUUCCAACUUUUUAAAAAGUUUUUUUGUGCGCGUCUGAAGACUGGGGAAAUUGGCUACGGUUUUCCUGUGAUCCUCUUGCAACUUCCUGUGUUGAACCGAUUUCUUCACCAGGUGUAAAGCCAUCCAAACGCUGACGUUUCCCCCCCCUCCCCCACCACACACUUAUCCAGUCACUUAGUCUAGCGUAAUGCCUCCCAGCUCCAGAGGGGGAAGUGUUUUAUCAUGAAUUGUACUUUGAACAGAUUCGAGUGUAAAUGUUAAUCUUUAAAAAAAGGUUUCUGUACAAAUGGGUAACAGCUGUUGGAAUUGCAUGACCAGUAUACAAACAGAAUUCCGAUUUAUUGGCAGUUUAAACUGAUUUGGGGGAUUAAAAAGUAACUUUAGCCCAGUAUCCUGUAACCAAGGCUCCUCCAGCCUGCUUAAUCUGUGCAUCUGACAGGGGGUGGGUGUCCUUCAAUUUAAGUGUUCUUAAAUUAUCAAAUGAUUUACUUAUCUAGCUUUGAUGUGCUGUAUUAGCAGAAAUCAGUAUUUUAUAAACUUGGGUAGAAGUUUUUUUUGUCCCAUGAAUUAGAUCCGUUGCAGUAACCAGUUUUUUCCAAACAAACUGUCAAUUCAUGUCCGGCACUAGUGACAAAAUUGCCAAAGUUACUGGUCUUGCUUGUAGCUUGCAUAAUUACAGCACUUCAGUGUAUUUUUUGAAAGGUUUACAUUCUAGUAAGUAGGACGCGUUCUUAUGUAAUCAUGCGGUAAAUUACAAUAAAUAGUUCAGAACAAAAA